GUUCAUCUGGUUUUCUGAAGAGCUCCAACGCCUUUUGGCUCGAUCAAGGACGAUGGAUCCAGACGGACUCUUUGACUUUCUGGAGCCGCAGCAGCCCACUGGAGCCGCAGCCGUGCCGGCGACUGGCAUUGGCAAGGCCAGCCGGAGCGGAACCUCGACACCGGCAGAGGGCGACGUGGGCUCGCCCUCGGCCGAUUCACCGGGUCUGUCCAAGAAGGCAGAGAAGCGAAAGGCGAAAAAGGCAAAGAAGCGAGCGGCUGCCGAAGCGGCCCUCAACGGAGACGAGGACAGCGCCAAUGGAAAGGAAAACACGCCAGAGCAAGCGGAGGCCGGGUCCAGCGCGCUGGUGAAAAAGUCCGAGAGCAGCAACGGUGUGGCUAAUGGCGAGGAUGAGGGGGGAGCCACGAAGCCGGCAAAGAAGAGGUCGAGGCUGGAAGAGGUGGCUGCGGCGACGGCAUCAACAACAGUGACGGAUGAGUUCACGGCAGAAGCUGUGAGAGAGGUGCCGGUCGCCGAGGGUGCGCAGGAAGCCGAGGCGAAGCGGGCGGCGGCGGUGCAAGCAGAGGUGUCGGGCACGGUCGCAGGCACCUCGACGACGACAACGAACGGGACGGACCCCUCGUCGUCAAAGCAAGGCGGGGCAAUGCAGAUCAGUCACUCGGUCCGUCAUCAGGUCGCGCUGCCGCCAGGAUACCCCUACGUGCCCCUCUCCUCCCACGUCCCGCCCGAGAAACCUGCACGGACAUGGCCCUUCGCCCUCGACCCUUUCCAGCGCACCGCCAUCUCGUCUAUUGAGAGAAACGAGAGCGUUCUUGUGUCGGCACAUACCUCGGCUGGCAAGACGGUGGUAGCAGAAUACGCCAUUGCCCAGUGUCUGCGGGACGGCCAACGUGUCGUCUACACGAGCCCCAUCAAGGCCCUGUCCAACCAAAAGUACAGAGAGAUGGCGGCCGACUUUGGCGAUGUCGGCCUCAUGACGGGCGACGUGACCAUCAACCCGAGCGCAAGCUGUCUCGUCAUGACGACGGAGAUUCUGCGGUCGAUGCUCUACCGCGGCUCGGAGAUCAUGCGCGAGGUGGCCUGGGUCAUCUUUGACGAGAUACACUACAUGCGAGACAGCGAGCGCGGCGUCGUGUGGGAAGAGACAAUCAUCCUGCUCCCGAGAAAGGUGCGCUACGUCUUUCUUUCGGCCACGAUUCCCAACGCGAUGCAGUUCGCCCAGUGGAUCGCCCAUACCCAUAGCCAGCCAUGCCAUGUGGUUUACACAGACUUUCGGCCCACACCGCUUCAGCAUUACCUCUUUCCCACAGGCGGCGACGGCAUCCACCUUGUCGUCGAUGAGAGAGGCAUCUUCCGCGAAGACAAUUUCCAAAAGGCGAUGGGUGCUCUCGCAGAAGGAAGGGGCGAGGACCCUGCGGCCGCCGAUUCGGGGAGGAACAAAAAGGGACAGACGAAAAAGGGAGGGCAAAAGGGACCUUCGGACAUCUACAAGAUCAUCAAGAUGAUCAUGCUCAAGAACUACAAUCCCGUGAUUGUCUUUGCCUUUAGCAAAAAGGAAUGCGAGGGUCUGGCGUUGCAGAUGAGCAAGCUCGAAUUCAACACCGACGACGAAAAGGACAUGGUGUCUACGGUCUUCAACAAUGCCAUUGGCGCGCUGAGCGAGGAGGACAGGCAGCUGCCACAGAUCGAGCACAUCCUCCCGCUCCUCCGGCGUGGCAUCGGCAUCCACCACGGCGGUCUCUUGCCCAUCCUCAAGGAGGUCAUCGAGAUCCUCUUCCAGGAGGGUCUCAUCAAGGUCCUCUUUGCCACUGAGACAUUCUCCAUCGGUCUCAACAUGCCGGCCAAGACGGUUGUUUUUACUGCUGUGCGCAAGUGGGACGGCAAAGAGUUCCGAAACUUGAGCAGCGGCGAAUUCAUCCAGAUGUCGGGUCGAGCAGGGCGACGUGGCCUCGACGACCGUGGUAUCGUCAUCAUGAUGUUCGACGAGAAGCUCGACCCACCGGCGGCCAAGCAGAUGGUCAAGGGCGAGGCCGACCGGCUCAACUCGGCCUUCCACCUGGGCUACAACAUGGUCCUGAACUUGAUGCGCGUCGAGGGUAUCUCGCCAGAGUACAUGCUCGAGCGAUGCUUCUACCAAUUCCAGAGCGCCGCCUCGGUUCCCCAGCUCGAGGGCGAGCUUGAAGAGGCGACUCGGCUGCGCGACGAGGCCGUGGUGCCUGACGAGGAGAACACCAACGAAUACUUUGGGAUUCGCAAGCAGCUCGACGAGCUCAACAAGGACCUUCGCGAGAUCAUCUCACACCCCAGCUAUGCGCUUCCGUUCCUGCAGCCCGGCCGCCUGGUCCGCAUCAAGCACGAGGACCUCGACUUUGGCUGGGGCUGCGUCGUGUCGUACCAGAAGAGGCUGCCGCCGAGGAACAAGCCUGCGCCCUCGGAGGUGGAUCAGAGCCAGUACAUUGUCGACUGUCUGCUCGAGUGUGCCAAGGGCUCGAUUGUGCCCUCGUCGAAGGAGGUGGCCAGAGGUCCACCCGGCGCUGGUGCUCCUGCUGGACUGCAGCCCAAGGCGCCAGGGCAGGAGGGAGAGAUGGUCGUGGUGCCCGUGCUGCUCUCGACGCUCGACAGUAUCGCAGGUAUCCGGUUGAUUCUGCCCAAGGAUCUGAGGACAAGCGAGGCACGAGAGCAGGUCAAGGGCCGGCUCAAGGAAGUUUUUAGACGGUUUCCUGCCAAGGACGGCCGUGGCGAGUCGUCGUCGUCGUCGUCGUCGUCCGGCAAGGGAAUCCCGCUGCUGGACCCGAUCAAAGACAUGAAGAUCACCGACGAGGGCUUCAAGACGCUCCUGGGCAAGAUUGUGCUGCUGGAGCAGAAGCUGGCCGAGUCGCCCCUGAGUGGGUCGAAGCGGCUAAAAGAGCUCUAUGAGGCCUACAAGGCCAAGGAGGACCUCAACCAGGAGGUCGAGCGGCUCAAGAAGCAGCUGAGUGCCGCGCACUCGGUGAUGCAGCUCGACGAGCUCAAGUGCCGCAAGCGUGUCCUCCGACGACUGGGCUUCACCACUGCCGACGACGUCGUCGAGAAAAAGGGACGGGUGGCCUGCGAGAUCUCGACGGGCGACGAGCUGUUGCUGACAGAGAUGAUCUUCAACGGCGUCUUCAACGACUUGUCGCCCGAGCAGUGCGCCGCGCUGCUCAGCUGCUUCGUCUUUGGCGAAAAGUCAGCGCAGCAGAUCCGGCUCAAGGAGGACCUCGCAGCGCCUCUGCGCGUCAUGCAGGAGACGGCCAGGCGCAUCGCCAAGGUCUCGAUCGAGUCGCGGAUGCAGAUCAACGAGGACGAGUACGUUGCUGGGUUCAAGGUCGAGCUGAUGGAUGCGGUGAUGCAGUGGUGCAAGGGGGCCAAGUUUGCAGACAUCUGCAAGCUGACCGACGUCUUUGAGGGCAGCGUCAUCCGCACCUUUCGGCGGCUCCAGGAGCUGAUCCGGCAGAUGACGCAGGCGGCAAAGGCGAUUGGCAACGAGGAGCUCGAGGACAAAUUCACAAAGAGCAUGGAGAAGCUCGAGAGGCAGGGAAGCAUCAUCUUCUCGCCCUCGCUGUACCUGUAAUGUUCCCCCAUCGUAUCUUUUUUCAUUCAUUUUUUUUAAGAAGGGGGACUGGUCUUGUUAUACAAACAAAUGUACAAUGUCAUGUCGCUGUCAUC